AUGUCGUUCCUCCGUAGGGCUCCGCCUGGGAGCACCCGGCCCCGUAACUCGGUCAUCAUGUCGUCGGUUUCCCCUCAGGCUACCCACUCAACUCACGUUUUGAUGCCUCCGCCACCGACGCCACUGUCACAUGUUCCUGAGCCUGACGCGGAAAUAGACUUCCCAAGUGGUGUUAUCACGGACCACAACCUCGACCCUGACACCUACCGGGUAACUUUUAAUUGGAAACGCAUUGGUGUGCGCGAAAAGCAAGUGAUUCAUGAGGUUCAUGCCCAGCUCAUCGACCAAGAGAAGGUCUUGGAAUACUGGCACCAGGCCUACCUAGUCACCCGCCUGUUGAGGGAACAGACACUACGUUGUGACUUCUAUCAUGUAUUCGAAAUACUGGACCAUCGCCGCAAAGCAAGCAGAUGCUACCUUCUGGUACAAUGGGUCGGCUACUCGGAUGCGGCGGAAGAUACCACUUGGGAGCCACUGAGCAAGAUCGACAACAUCGCCCCGUUGGACGUGAAGGAUUACCUGGUGAAAAAGCGCUUAUGGAAGAACCUACGACCGUGGCCCACAUGGAAGAGAAAGGCCCAGGAAUAUGAGGAUGCGCUGCAAGCUCAAAUGGCAGCACCCAGUUUAUUGGAUGAAGUCAACCAACGUUUGCGAUCCGAAUCGACCGCAAGAUCGUCUGCCGAUCUCGGAGCCGAGAGAUGA